GAUGAUGGAAGUUCUAAUCAAUUGCAUCCUUGUUAAUUUUAGGAUUUAUUUCCCUCGUACAGGCACCAAUGCGUGUCUAUCCAGACUUUCGGUGCUUCAGCGCUAGCCAUGUCUCACUAUACCCACCCUACCCUAUUCAAUGCAUCAUGAUAUGGCGUCAAUCACCUUCUCAUCACUGUUCCAAAGGCUGUUGAUGUCGCAACGCGACAAUGCGUAGCAGCUUCGAGCGACAGUCUGGCCUGACCGCUUUCACUGUUCAUGCUUGUCAAUGCAUAUAUCAACAGAGGUAGAAAGCGUGCUCAUCAUGGUCUGUCGUACGCGUCCAGAUCAAGCCCGGAGAAGGUGUGUUCUCCGGGCAAAAGAAGAAAGCGCGGAAAUCUUCUGAUUUGAUCUCAUGAAGUAGGGCACAGCCGAGUAAGGCGGUAUAUUACACAUGAAAGAGUAUGAGAACAAUAGCCCUUCUACCUUGCUUCUGUAUCUCGACCUCGUCGUUGAACCGCAGCUCAUGUUUCUCCCUCAGUGGUUACUGAAGGCCCUCUGGCGAGUGCUUUGCAAUCAAGCUGGCGGUCUCUCGCCUUUGAAAGCCAUUCUACUCCUCUGGCGCUCCUUCUGGCGCUUCUUCCGACGUUUCUCGCGUACUCAAGAUGACGGAGCACCUGAUAAACCGCCACAGCACAUACCUGACCAAGUUUCCUAUUUGCCCCAAGAUAUAGAGCCGACGGCCCGCGCGAUGUCACUUGCGGUCGAAGAUGAGCCCGUCCCCACUGUCGUGUGCCGAAGCGCUACUCUACCUUAUGAUCCAAGGUUUUCCUGCGAUAUGGCCCCAAUGUCUGUGGCGAGCCCUUCCCAGACUGCUUUGGAAGUCGAAACCGAUUUGAAUCCAUCGAAUGGACAUCCGCCCCUCCACGAUUCUCGUCUUUCAUCGAUCACGCAAUCACCAAUUGAAAGCUCCCUUGAUUCGUAUGCCCGCUCCAAUCCCUCACAAUUAUCUCAAGAUACUAGCGGUACAGUGUUCAACUCUGCCGCGGAUGCGCCUCUGAACCCAUCGCAUGCUCAUCUACCGCAUGCCAGAUCUACGUCUGGCAAGGGGGGACUGUCGUCCGACUCUGAAGCUGAGAUGUCCGCGGUAGUGAUGCCAUUGCCACCUACUGCUGCACAACACGAUGGGAAAAAUCAAGAUGUUUCCACAUUGCAGAAGGAACAUCCUUUCUUCGUACCCAUAGUUCCCAGAAUGCAUCCCAGGGUUGGGUCUCGACCAAGAAAUCCGCACAUUCCAAAUGUACCCUGGGUUGCUCCUUUGACUACCUCAUUUACUCUCCAUGGUGUUCCCAGCGAUUGGUCCCUGCACAUCACCCCUGCAGGUGUUCGCUACUAUGUACAUGAGAAGAUAUUUCACGCGUCGGUCAAUGCAUCGUCGACGUCCUGCAGCUCUCUGCUACGAAUUUUUACCUACGAAGAUACCGCCUUACCAGAAGUCCUGCAAGAGCUGACUGGGUUUCUGGAUAAUAUCCUCAGUUACAUGCACACCGAGGGUAUUACUCUCCCACCCAAAGUAGAUCUUGUUUUGAGCUUCGGACCGGAACUUGAGGAUGGCACCCAUUGUUGCGGAUAUUACUUUGCAGAUCACAUGCAUUGUUCAAUCUUUUGGCUGGAUGGCUUUGACAUUGGCAUGCUUUCAAAGGUAGAACGGUACAACACCUCUGAACCAUCCCAUCUUGCCCAUGCGAUAGAGGCUGAAUACUGGGUGCAUUAUCGCAUGUUUCCCUGCCAAGAAAUGACCAGUGAUAUAAUCGAAGAGGUCAACGAUUUUCUCAUUCAUUGUAUUACAGAGACAAACUUUGGUUUCUCUGCUAAACAUGGCUUCACCCUCCCAGAGUUGCAACAACAUUUCAGCAUCGUGAAUAGUAUCAGAAGUAACCCUAGGUCAUAUUCUCGUCCAGGUUCGGUAUGUAGUAUAGCUCUGAUCAUGGAUAAACGCUCUCUAACAAGAUACAUGCACUUUUAUGGUGAACCCGAUCCUUUUUUUGGCAACAAUAACAGUGACGAACAAGGCCAUGUUCUAUUUAAACGAUUUCGCACACCACUAAUUACCCUAUUAUCGCCGCUCUUAUUCUUUGCCCCUGAUAUACAUUGCACUGCCCUUCACGAAAUCUGUAUCGAUGGUAUCUCUAAAACGGAUUGGAGUGCUUUCACCCGAAAACUCAGUACUGAAUGGCAAGAUUUUGUCAUCAAUGCUACUGUAUUGCUCAAUGCCAACAUCGCAUUCCUGGCCAUUCAGAGCAUUGACGAAUCUAGUGUUAAUAAGGGACGUUCACCCGCUCAGAUAGCGAGUUAUGUAUCAACGAUUAUGAGCAUCAGCAGUGUAACUAUGGGCUUGCUUUUACUGCAGAAGAACCGUCACAAAUCUCGUGUUUACAACUGCACCUCAUGGGACUUCCUUGGCAUACAGGACACAGACUUAGGACGGAGACUUGGCCUAGAGACUCUGGCUAUCAUGUACAGCUUACCUUGGGCAUUACUCAUGUGGGCGAUGAUUUUCUUCCUGGCAGCAUUCUGCCUUAUGUGUUUCACGGCCUCCAGCUUAUCGGUCCGAAUGAUCGUGGGCAGUGCAUUAUUAGCCAUCGGCAUCCUCCUCUUCUGGUACCUCACGAUAUCACGCAAACGAUAUGAGCUGCGAUGGUAUGUGAGGGCGCAUGUUCAUCUGGUUGAUGCUUGGUAUCGAUUGUGCUGGGCAUUGUCGGAAUACCUCGCAGUCAUAGUGGAUUGGAUGAGAAGAAUGCCGUGUAUACCUUCGAACGAUGUUGAGAUGGCCCCGAUGGGUUCGCAUACUACGGCGUCAUUCGUUAAUGAUGAGUCGACGACAUGUUCCCAUAAAACGAUGUCAACGAGCUCGUAUGAGACGGCGUUAGCCAGUUCACAGGCGACACUGAGCUUUUACGAUACGGCAUCAAUGAGAUCUCACACAGCGGAUGUUGACGUGUAACGGUUGACUGGAAGGAGAUAGGUGGUGGGCAAGUGGUGUUCGGACAACCU